CACAAAUACGAUUUCCGUCAGUUUGACUUGCGAAUCGUAACCGCGUUAGACAAGCUUCUCUACCCUCGCUUACAUUUUCAGUUAAAACGAAACUUCCAUCUUUCUCAGCUGUCAUUCGACGGUGAUUAUCUUAUCGGAUAUAGAAAGAGACGGGUUUUGAGAAAAGUACAAUUUGUACUUCGUGUAGUUAAGCUUUGAAGUUGUGGCUCGAGGCCCAGCGGAGAGCUCGAGCGGCGGCUCUGAAAAGUUUGUUGUUGUCACGUGACGUGAGACGAAUGUGGCGAUAAAAGUUUGUUUAGAUAGUAAAACUACGUGGCGUUCUACAUUAUCCCAAUCUAAUCAAGACCGUUUUCACUACAAUGCCUCAACCGAAAUAUCGAAAGAUUGCUGUUUUAGGUUACCGGUCUGUAGGAAAGUCAUCUCUUACAAUACAGUUUGUGGAAGGACAGUUUGUUGAUUCCUAUGACCCUACAAUUGAAAACACCUUUAACAAAAUGGUCAGCGUGAAUGGUCAGGACUUUAAUCUUCAGCUGGUGGAUACAGCUGGACAAGACGAGUAUUCAAUUUUUCCACAGUCCCACUCAAUGGACAUUCAUGGUUAUGUCCUUGUCUAUUCAGUGACUUCAAUGAAAAGCUUUGAAGUUGUGCAGGUUCUACAUGACAAGCUGCUAGACAUGGUUGGGAAGAUUCAGGUCCCGACUGUUCUUGUAGGGAACAAAAAAGAUCUUCACAUGGAAAGGGUUAUUAAGCCAGAAGAGGGAAAGAAACUUGCUGAUUCUUGGGGUGCUGCAUUCAUGGAGUCCUCAGCCAAGGAGAAUGAAACUGCUGUGGAAGUUUUCAAGCGAAUCAUUUUGGAAAUGGAGAAGGCUGAUGGAAAUGCGGCCCCAGAAGAGAAGAAGUGUGCUGUGAUGUAAAAGUAUGCAGGACAUCAGUAAACUCAUUUGCUGAAGACAAGAGGCACAACUUCACCAGCUUGCCAAUUGUGGCUUCACCGACACCAAGACACUGCAGUGGAACGUUGUGAUACCAGAUUGAUUUAUGCAGCAAAGCAACUGCCCAAACCAUUGAUACAGUCAUAACCACAUUGAGAAAUGUCUAACAAGAUCUUUGUUUUAGACAAGAAUUACCUUCAGUAUUUUUUUUACUAUUGAAAUGGAGUCGAAGAGUAGAUGAAAUCUCGAUUUUGGAAUUCAGCCAAAUGCUCAGAAAUCAGAAUAGAUUAAAAGACAUAUUGCUCCCAACAAAUUGCAUAAAAUCUUCUGAUCAUAACUGUAAAUCCUGACACUUGACACACAAUUAGCCUGCAACUCAGAACUGAGCAGUGGAAUUAAUGUACAGGGCAGGACUUGUAAUAUUUCAGAUGGAUCUUUUUUUUUUGACAGUCACAUAGUCAGAGUUCACAUUGCUUUAAAUGUGGUUACAUUCGUCAUGAAUGGUUGAUUUCAUUGAACACCCUGGGAUGAGAUUUCACUAUAGUGUUACAGUUCCUGCUGUAGUUUUAUCAACUCAUGUUCAGGUACCUCUCGCCACUGAAUUUUAUCUGCAUGAUGGAAGAAUUUUUGUGUAUACCAGCCCACAUUUUAACCUCUUCUAUUAAGCAGAUAGAGAUCUUCUAUUGUUUCUACAGUUAAUUACUUCUUACUGACUGUAAUAAAGUUACUUUAUAGAAGACCCUCAGGCCUUUUUAUAGAUUGAAUUAGAUUUUUGAUAAUUACCAGUUAUGGCAUUUUAUACAGUAUAUGAAUAUUAGGAAUUUGUUUGGUACUGCUGGUUGUUUCUUUGCAUAAUGCAAAUCAUAUCCAAAGCAGAGUUCAUACCCAUGUGCAUUUCGAUUCAAACUAUUGAAUUAUUUUUUAAAAUAACUAUAAGGCCAUUUAAGUGGCUGAAGACCGUAGGAUUUAAAGUUUGUUUAAUGCAGGCUUGAUUAAAACCAAGCUCGUAUGCAACAAUGCCCCUUUCUAUGGUGGAUAUACAUGAUCAAUGUCAGAUACUUGAUAUCGUAAAACUUUAAGAUGGUAUUGCCUUACACAGACGUGACAGACAGGGGAUUUUCCCCAAUGUUUUUGUAGUGGGCAAUUGUAACUUUUUCUCAAACACUUUUUUGAGUAAGUUGCUUGAUGAAGGUUGAACAGAAGCUGGUGAUGAUGUGUCUUGUGCCUUAACAUAAUCCAAACUCCCUCAUCUGCUUCCCUUCAUGACUCAAGGUGCUCCUAAAGGGUUUUUCCUCUGUUGACUUGACACCAUGGAUGAUGCAGGUGGUGUUGUGCACCUGAACACAAAUAUUCCCGUGUGGGUCAAUGUUAAUUUAGAAAUCGUGCUGUAAACAGUUUUGUAUAUAAAUAAAUCAGUUACUCAUU